CGACACGCACCGUUUCACAACAAAACUCUUAUCCCCUCGAAAAACCUUCCAUCGCUCUCUCAGUGUCUCAAAUGGCGUUCACUUUUCUCUCUCCUCACUCAGUCUUUCUCUCUCUAGCUAUAACCACCUCUCCCUUCUCCUACAAACCGGUUUACUCACCAAUCCUCCGAAAUUCCCGUAACCUUCAGCUUUCCGCGGGUCCCACUCGUCGAAACUCAUACCCGAACCCAGCAGAUGACGACCCGCCCGAAGCCCCGGAAGACUCAAUGCACGGAGUCUCGAAGUUUCAGCAGAUACAGCGUCAAGCCGCACGCGCGCGGAAGCUAGAGGAAGAAGACUUCGAGAAGAACCGAAACACGUACCUCUCAGCCAUCGCUGACGUGGAAGACGCGCCCGAGACGGGGCGUGAUGACGUGGAAUCAGGAGGCGAUCUGUUCUCGGAUAUCGACAGAGCAAUCUCCAUGAAACGAAGCGAGUUCGUUAAAAAAGGAUUGCUCCAACCUAAUCCUCCCAAAACGGCGUCGUCCAAGAACAUCGACGAGGAAGAAGGUGACGUCACCGAGGACGUUGAUGAGCUCGACGAAGAGGAAGUUGUGGAUUUAGAAGAAAUCGCUAAGCUGACGGAGGAAGAUUGGGUUGACGAGGAAGGAAACCCUAGGAUCCGAUCCGAUCAUCAAUUCGAGUUCGAUUUGGAUCAUUUCGGCGAAUCAAAGGCCAGAAUCGUUGAGCCUAAGUUCAGAUUGAGCUUAGCUGAGCUUCUUGACGAGAGCAAAGUGGUGCCGAUCUCAGUUUACGGCGACUUAGACGUAGAAAUCACCGGAAUCCAGCACGAUUCGCGAGGCGUAAGCGCCGGAGAUCUCUUCGUGUGCUGUGAGAACGAUGGAGACUCCGCAUUGAGCGAAGCUGAUAAGAGAGGAGCAGUGGCGGUUGUAGCUAGCAAAGAGAUUGACAUUGAAGAUACAUUAGGUUGUAGAGCGCUUGUGAUUGUUGAAGACACUGAAGCAGUCUUGGCAGCUUUAGCUUCUUCGUUUUAUAAGCAUCCGUCUAAGAACAUGGCGGUGAUUGGAGUCACGGGGACUGACGGGAAGACGACCACCACGUAUUUGAUCAAAAGCCUGUAUGAAGCUAUGGGCGUGAGAACAGGAAUGUUCAGCACGGUUUCUUGUUAUAUCCAUGGUGAUAACAAAAUGGAUUCAACGACGACGAGUCCUGAUGCUGUUUUGGUUCAGAGUAUGAUGGCUAAGAUGUUGCAUAAUGGAACUGAAGCUCUGGUUAUGGAAGCUUCUCCUCAAGAACUUGCUUCAGGGAAAUGUGAUGAAGUUGAUUUCGACAUUGCGGUUUUCACAAACUUGACUAGUGAGGAGGAUAGAGAUGCUGAAGCCAAGUUGUUUGGAAGAAUGGUUGACCCGGAGAGGCACAGGAAAGUGGUUAACAUAGACGAUCCAAACGCAGCGUUUUUCGUCCAGCAAGGGAGCCCUGAUGUUCCUGUUGUGACAUUUGCCAUGGAGAACACGAAAGCUGAUGUUCAUCCUUUAAAGUUUGAGCUUUCUUUGUUUGAGACACAGGUUUUGGUUAAUACCCCUCAAGGUAUACUUGAGAUUUCGUCGGGUUUGUUAGGAAGGCAUAACAUUUAUAACAUCCUUGCUGCUGUUGCUGUUGGGAUUGCUGUUGGAGCUCCUCUUGAGGAUAUUGUUAGAGGUGUUGAGGAAGUGGAUGCUGUCCCGGGGAGGUGUGAGUUGAUUGAUGAAGAACAAGCCUUUGGUGUUAUUGUGGAUCAUGCUAACACACCUGAUGGCUUGUCAAGGCUGCUUGAUUCAGUUCGAGAGCUUAAACCAAGAAGAAUUAUUACUGUUAUUGGUUGUGCGGGUGAGACUGAGAGAGGGAAAAGACCAGUUAUGACGAAAAUUGCUACUGAAAAGAGUGAUGUGACGAUGUUGACAUCUGAUAAUCCAGGGAAUGAAGAUCCAUUGGACAUAUUGGAUGACAUGUUGGCUGGGAUUGGAUGGACGAUGCAAGAGUAUUUGAAACACGGAGAACAUGAUUACUAUCCUCCUUUGGCAAAUGGCCAUAGACUCUUCCUUCACGAUGUUAGACGUGUAGCUGUGCGUUGUGCUGUUGCUAUGGGUGAAGAAGGUGACAUGGUUGUGGUAGCAGGGAAAGGGCAUGAAGCGUAUCAACUUGAAGGUGAUAAGAAAGAGUUCUAUGAUGAUCGAGAGGAAUGCCGGGAAGCAUUACAAUACGUCGACGAGCUUCAUCAAGCUGGAAUAGACACAAGCGAGUUCCCAUGGCGGUUACCAGAGAGUCAUUAAUGUCUCCAUGGUGAGAUCAUUAAACCAUUAAUCAGAUUUACUUCUACCGCGGCUCUUGCAAAGGAGGAUUUGCCGAGAGCUCAUGAAUUCGAUAAAAGAGACUUGGAGGUACACCGUACCUAACAACCUUGUGAAUCAUCUUUAACUUGAAAGAGGUAAGUGCAGGCGAGAGAGGGAAGAGAGAAGAAGAUGUGUACAAAUUUUUGUAAGAGAUAAAAAUUUAACUGGUGAUUGCGUUCGUCGAUAUGUUCCAUGUUUUUUAGAGAUAUGUUUUA